GGAUGUAGUAUUUUCCCCCAGUUCAACAUGGCGCCGGGAGAGUGAGACUUCGGCUAAUGUCACACACUUUGCUCAAAGUUCACCCGCUCGUGCUCCGCUAACCGGGGGAGGCUGCGUCUCCGCGCCGCGGCGGCCGCAGAGGGACGUUUCUCCGGCGGCUCCAGGGUCUGAUGUUAGGCUGCAGCUGCCCCACCCACCAUCAUGUUCACCAAAAAGAAGAAGUCUCGUAUCCAGAUCUCUGCUCCAUCCAACUUUGAGCAUCGCGUACAUACGGACUUUGAUGAGCAGGAGCAGAAGUUCGUCGGGUUGCCACGGCAAUGGCAGUCGCUCAUCGAAGACACGGCCAAAAGGCCCAAACCCUUCAUCGACGCAACUGUCAUCACCACUGUAGAGCCGCGCAAGGCAAUCGUACGUGGCCACAAGAUGGGAGUGGAUGGCUCUCUGACCUGGCUGCUGGAUGAGUUUGACACCAUGUCCGUCACUCGCUCCAACUCCCUGCGACGAGGAAGUCCUCCCAUCCAACCGCGCAGGGACUCAAGUUCUUCAGGAGGAGGAGGCGGCCAUGAGAAUGGAGAUCCUCACCACAGACACUACUCACACCCUGACAGACAAGACAGUCACCGAACUAGACCAGAGUUUCCGAGUGGAGGUGACCCCCGCCAGGCUCAGCGUGCAGUCCGUCCUCCUCACAGGGAUGAUGGAGUUCAGGGUCGGCCCCAGCAGCAGCCCCGGGGCCAAGAGCCCAGCAGGGGCCACAGGGACAGACCAGGCUCCGGCCCGCCCCCUCCCCCCCACAGAGACAGAGAGCCACGGGACCGGGACCAGGAGCAGGUGGUUCGCAGGGAUCAACCCAGUGAUCACAGACCAAAGUCGAGCUACAUGACGCGGGACGGCAGCCCUCAAUCUCCCAGGGACAAGAGGCCUCUCUCUGGGCCCAACAUCCGCACCCCAAACCUGCCGGUAACAGAGGGGGUGAUAAAGACUGCCCAACAGCCCACGCGACCUUUCAACACCUACCCGAGGACAGACAGCGAGGGUGGACGCAGCCCCACCGGACAGCCGGUUCGAUACCAUGAAUCUUCCCCUCAAAAUGGCCCCUCGAGUGGCUCCACCAGAGGUUCCUCCAGCUCCAAGCCUCCUGUCAGCCACCCCCAUCCUCAUCACACUUCCCACCCUAGCCUGACACCUGAGGCCUCCCAGCACCCACACACUCCUCACCCCAGCGUUCCAGCUCCGCGGCCCCCCGUGCCCCCCGGGCCACCAGCGUCAAGUGCACCGUCCCAGGGCCGCUCACCGCAGAGGGAGCCCCAGAGGGUUUCCCAUGAGCAGUUCAGAGCGGCACUACAGAUGGUGGUGGAUCCAGGAGAUCCGCGAACCUACCUGGACCACUACAUUAAGAUAGGGGAGGGGUCCACGGGGAUCGUGUGUAUAGCCACAGUGAAGACUACGGGGAAACUGGUCGCUGUGAAGAAAAUGGACCUGAGGAAACAACAACGCAGAGAACUCCUCUUCAACGAGGUGGUGAUCAUGCGGGACUAUCACCAUGAGAAUGUGGUGGAGAUGUACAACAGUUACCUGGUGGGAGACGAGCUCUGGGUCGUCAUGGAGUUCCUGGAGGGAGGAGCUCUCACUGACAUCGUGACACACACCAGGAUGAACGAGGAGCAGAUUGCCACAGUAUGUCUGUCUGUCCUGAAGGCGUUGUCUGUCCUCCACACACAGGGUGUGAUCCACAGAGACAUAAAGAGUGACUCCAUCCUCCUCACUCAUGAUGGUCGGGUGAAGCUGUCAGAUUUUGGUUUCUGUGCUCAGGUGUCUAAGGAAGUGCAGAGGAGGAAGUCUCUGGUUGGAACACCGUACUGGAUGGCACCAGAGCUCAUAUCCAGGUUGCCUUACGGACCAGAGGUGGACAUCUGGUCUCUGGGUAUCAUGGUCAUAGAGAUGGUGGACGGGGAGCCGCCGUACUUCAACGAGCCACCGCUCAAAGCCAUGAAGAUGAUUCGAGACAACCUUCCCCCCAAACUGAAGAAUCUGCACAAGGUCUCCCCUGUGCUCAAGGGCUUCUUGGACAGGUUGUUGGUGCGAGACCCUGCUCAGAGGGGCUCGGCCAGCGAGCUUCUCAAACACCCCUUCCUGGCGAAGGCUGGUCCACCAUCAUGCAUCGUCCCUCUGAUGAGGCAGAACAGGAUGAGAUGAGACAUGUGACAGUAGCACCCUCCAGACUGUGGAGGGCAGCUUCAUUCGUGUGCAGGUUCAGAUGGAACAGAAUACUCCUGCACACAAAUGAGUGGCCCUCAGACGUUAUGGAUGAGAGUCUGAUGGGUGUAAACUGGGUGUGCAGGAGUAUUCUCUUUUUCUUAUGUGAAUUACUGAACUGUGAGGAGUGUGUUGCCUGAAUAAGAAGCAAGUUGGUGUGUGAGUGUGAGUGAGUGAGAGCUCUCACGUGGAAUCGUGAAGGUAGAGAACAGCAGAGAAGCAGCAAACUGCCUGUCCAAUGAUUCCAGCUGACUUCCUGUACGCUGAGUUUUAAUUUGAAGGUCCUGACCUGGAAAGAUUACGGACUGUGGCUGUUUUUAUUUUUCCAUUUGGACCUAACCUGGAUUUUGAGUGUGAUGGUUGGGUUUUGCACAACAGUUAGAUACGUCUAACGAGCCAAGAGCCUCUUGGAUAAUUUUAGAGCUAGUCGAAGCAACAUUUUAAUCACACUAUUUGACAGUUUGGAUUUUCUGCUCUACAAGGACGUCACUCACCGAUGGAUUCCAGACUCUGACACUAUCCUCAUCACACCCAGAACUUACUACUGAGGGCUGAACUCUAAUGACUCAUAAAUGAGCCAGACGGACUUAAUUUUGUAGCCAUAAAAAUACUAGCUUUCUGUUGUAAACAAGAAAACACACUAAAAAGAGGUAAACACUGGAGUUGUGGUUUGUUAACAGAUGAAAUUUUCUUAUUUUCUCCUUAUUUUCCUGUGUAAGUACAAUGAACAUAGAGAGAUAUAUCAGUUGUGAUGUUUUACUAUCUCUAUUUUGUGAUUGCUUUAUAAUUAUGAUUUGUUUUCUGGUUUAUUUUCGAGUGACGUGAUGGUUUAUGAAGCACUGGUGACGAGAGAUAGACGCUGCACUCCCAUUUGAUUCCAGCACACAGAUAAUAGACACUAGAUGUUUUAUUUAGUUUUUAGACCAGACGAUAAAAAGACUUUUGACCUUUUAACCUUAGAUGAGCAGAAAAAAGCACAGAGAAGAAGAGGAUGAGAUACACCACGUUGAAACUGAAUGAAAAAGCAGAUACAAGGAGAGUAGUUUUUAAGUAGAUUUUUAAGUAACUCCUUCACAGAGUCUCCUGAGGUAGAAAAAGAGCACAAGCUGCUUCGAGGACAAACACAAAGCUGUUUUCAUUCUGUGGAGCACAUCAGCUUUCUCGUGACGCAUCACUCUCCUUCAACAAACACACAGCGGCUGCUGCUGUUUUUAGGAAAUGGCCGGCUGCUGACGUGAUGGAGCUCUCAUCGUGUUCUACUACAUCGCUUGUACAGUUGAAUCGAUGUUUGAUUACCGAGUUAAUGCGUCUGCCAGACCAUAAAUCCACCGCAUAGUGUCCGAGCGUAACAGGAGCAGACUGAAGAUCGUCCACCGAGUUCCCUUUUAUUCACUAAACUCUUCAUGUAGCAAACAAAAAAGCUUCAGAGCUCAGGGGGAACGUGUUUGGUUUCGAUUCAUAUAAUCUGUCAUUGAUUGUUGUUGCUCAGUCACCCCCCCCCCAAAGUCGUCAGCACGCUGGAUGGAACCACAGAGAAGUCAUUAAGGUUCAGUUUGUCCUAAAGUCUGGUUAAUGUCCACCACUUGUGUCCUGAGAGGCGUCUUCAUCAGCAGACAUCUGUAGUUACACACUGUAGCCUGUAGCAACGCACAGUCAUUUAUACACAGGAUGGAAUUAAAGAUACGGCCGCUGCUCUGUGAAGACAGAUGCAUUCCCCUGCUGGUUCCAUUCUUCUUCCGUCUUCCAGUUCAGUUGCUCCACAGAGACGCUUCUUCUCAGACACAGACGUCAGACUGGUAACCUUUUUAAAAACAGUUUCCACUGGACAGGGGCGUGAAAACCAACUUCUCUCAAUAUUUUAAAUGUCUCCUGUACUGAAUACUCUUUUUUUAAAACUGCAACUAAGCAAAUAGACGCUUAUCAGGCGUCGUAGCACAUAACACUGUCAACUCCUUCUCUUAUGCAGUAGUGUAAACACUGCUAUACAUACUACUCUGCAGCUGUAGACUCCCUGAACUGCAGCUCUCUGCUGAUUGUGAACAAUCACUCUGUGGGUUAAUAACUUCCUUCCAGGUGCCGUCUGUAACUUCAGGCUCUGGUCAUAUUUUCACACUGUUGACUUCUGUUGUCCUUUUUUAAAAACAUUAUCAAAUUCUUCCUAAAAAUGUGCGUCAUGAAUUGAACUCAGUCUGGAGCUGCUGCAGAACAAGUUUCUUUUAAGCGACUGCAGACUGAAUGUAGUUGACUCGUAAAACUUUGUCCCUGCCACUCAAAAACCUGCACGUCCAAGAACUUUGGGGUCGUUGUUUUGUGCGUUCUCUCCUCGGCAGCUCACCAGAACGAACACGGUCACAUUCAGAUGUGUUGUGUUACGUUUCCGUGUUCGUAGCCAGGAUGAGCCGAGCUGAAAGAAAUGAUGGUGAGUGACAAUCAGGUGUAGGUGAGGUGAUGUAGUUCAGGCUGUGAUAUUCAAAGAUAAGAAUUUCAAUUUUCUUGUUUUCUAGUUUGAGAGAGUGUUUCCUCAAAACCAGAAACUUAAAUUUGAAUAUUGAUCCAAAUUUGGCAAAUAAUCAUAAUUUUGACCUUCGAGUCAUAUUUUGAGAGAAAAUGUUUUAAUUAGAAAUGAUUUAACCAAAAAAAAAAGCUAAAUAUUGCUGUCAGGCUUGCAUUUGAUAAAUUGGAAAACAUUUCCUGAAAGUCAAUACUGCGACGAGAAAGUGCUUGGACUGAAUCGAAAUGGUUUUAUGUCAUUUUCUCAAAAUAUGGAUUAGGUUUGGUAUCAUUUAUUUUCCUAACUGUGGCCUUAAUGCUCAUUGUUUUUACGUAGCUUGUUUCUUUUUGUUAGUUCAGGUGUAAACAAUCUUUUUCUGGUGUAACAGACGUCGAUGUUGUUCCUGUUUGGUCUCAUCUCACAUUCGAUCAGAUGUGAUUGUCGAUGUGAAAAUCUUAGACCGACUGAUGAUGCUCAUUAGUUCGACUGUAACAACACUUUAAUGGACCAGAUUCUACUGCUGUGUGUAUGUGUACAUGCUUCUGUGAAGGUUGUUUUUUUGUGUAUGUGUGUGUGUGUUUGGACAUGUGUGCAUCAUCAUGACUUCAUGCCUUAACACUUAUAAUCACUACUUGGUGGAUUAUUGUGAUUCUGACACUUCGACUGUUAGAGAUGGUGAAAGGAGACGUCCACAGCGCUUUACUCUCCCGUCUCUGUGACGUCUUCAGGUUAUUUUAGAGUCGUGUGUGGGAUGGCUGGUGUCUGCAUCGGAUGCGUUUUCAUUGACAUUCCACACAGUUUUCAAUUUGCUUACCGAUGAAGAUUGAGGGUUUUUUAGGUUUUCCUGUGUGGUUACUGAGUGCCUCAAAGUGUCGGCCAGCUUCUCACCUUGAUGUGUUUCAUGACGGAGAAAACAAGGUCCUGUGGAAAGGGAUUUUUCAAGAAGCACGACUCCUGACAAUGUUUUUUUUGUGAGUCUCCGCUGCUUCACACAACAGAGCUCCCAGCUGUUUUCUGUUGGUUUCUUUACUAAUGGCCAACAAGCAGCUGAGGGGCCGCUGUUCAGGGUUUAGUUUUCUGCUCACAGACGUUUCUGGAUUCGUUCUUUGUAGAUGAGAAGUCUUGGUUCUUGGAAAAACUCCUGCAGGACCGAACCUCUGGUUUCCACAGUGAACAUGAACAUUUCUGGUGUCGCCAGAUACAACAACCACUACUGAGCAACCAGCUCACUCUAUGAAAUAUGUGACAUGAACUAAUGAAUUCUUCCUCCUCAGAAAGACGAGACCACUUGUUUAAAGUCUAAUGUCGAUCUGUUGUAGUUUUGACAUCAUGUUGUCAAACAUCAGAUUCAGACAAAUGUACCUGCACCAUCUUGUUUUUGUAAAUUUCACUGGUAUUGUAAAAACAUAGAUUUCACGUUGCAAAUUUUACUUUUUUUGCAAAUACAAUUUUUGUAAAAGUCA